CGCUGCAUGACCUGGAAGGAACCUCCCUCCGCGGGAAUAAACUUCCUGGGUUGCGGGGGCGGAAGAGAAGCGGCCGCGGGAGCGAUGGGGCUGAGCCCCCGCGGGGACAGACGGUUCUAGCUGAUGCCCGGGCUUCCUUGUCAUGAUGCCGUCGCGUACGAACCUGACCUCUGGGAUUCCCAGUAGCAAAGUCAAAUAUUCCAAGCUCUCCAGCACCGACGAUGGAUAUAUCGACCUGCAGUUCAAGAAGAGCCCACCAAAAAUCCCCUACAAGGCGAUCGCGCUGGCUGUUGUGCUCUUCAUGAUCGGGACCUUCCUCAUUAUCAUCGGAGCCCUCCUCUUGGCCGGAUACAUCAGCAAAGGCGGGACAGACCGUGCCAUCCCCGUGCUCAUCAUUGGGAUCCUGGUCUUUCUCCCGGGCUUCUACCACCUGCGCAUCGCCUACUACGCGUCCAAGGGCUACCGGGGCUACUCCUACGACGACAUCCCGGACUUCGAUGAUUGAGCAGCAUAUUUAAUUGCGUUAUAAUUAGGUCGGCGGUAAGAGCUUUGAGUUACCCCUGGCUAUUGGAGGGGGCUGAAGGCUGUAGGUGAAGUAUUAUCAGUCACAAGAUGCCAGUUCCCAUUUUUGGGGUGUUGCAGGUUGUCACUUGGGAGGGAGGGGGGUGAGGGGGGGAUGGAACGUGGAAUUGACCCAAAUGAUUUCAACAUUAGGUGGGAAGAACAUGUGAUUUAUUGUAAUUUUCCCUCUUCUGGUUACAUAAUGCUGCUUGCUUUUAAGAAGUUCUUCUUGGGCAAGGCAAUUGUAGAAACUAUCAAAAAAUAGAUGAGCCGGUUUCGGCAGUAAAAGAUAUUUGUUUUUUCUAACUGUUUUCUGGAGUCUGGUUUAGCUUUGGGGUAAGAUUGUGGUUGUCGUUGGGUUUACCUUUGCAGGAAAACGCCGCAGUUAAAUUUCCCUUUUGCUUUCUGCCCGUCAGAAACGCUUCCAGGCUGCUUGUCCUGUGCUUGCUGGGGGUGUCACAAGUCAGACGGGUACGAGAGAGGGGGGGGAAACUGCACUUGUGUGAAAUAACUCACACGUAGGGCAUUUGCUCCUCUUAUAAGCCUGACCCAGCUUAUUUACUCAGCAAACACAGUCUUCCGAAGCAAGCCCUUUCCCACGCCACUGUUACUUUUGGCAAAACCCACUCUUAUCCUUUAAAAGGACUAUUGUUGGAUUUUUGCUUAUUAUUUUAAACAGAGUGGCCACAGGGAGAAGAAUUGGAAUCCAGGACUCAAGUGUCUGAAUACCAAAACUCUUGGUUUUGACUAGAGUGGAUAUUGGAGACGCUUGAAUUCCGUAUGUCUGUAUAUUUGGAAACGUUUUGUCCUUGUCUAGAUAAUAUGCUGUGCAUAACUCCCUAGACCAGUAAAAAGGAAAUCUCUGUAUAGUUUGUACUGACUAAAUCCCCUCUGUAUUGUUUUGCAAGCGUCAGUGAUGGGUUAUUCAGGGAACACAGAUCAGUAGCUCUAUUUUAUGUAAAGCAAAAACUCUCUGUCUCCUGAAGUGGGAACGAACUCAGUGUCCUGGAGAGCAAGUAUGUGGCAAGUAGUGAUGCAAGUCGAUGUAUUUAAUAUGAAUAAACUUCACUAUAUUCUGUGUACAAAUCAUAA